AGGAUCCAAAGAUGGACUUCUUGAGACACAGUCCACGCCUGCGCUCAGACAGCAUGAGCAGCUCAGCGUCUCAGAGCUCCAGAACGUCUCAGAGGUCCAAGGUUGUCCUCCGCCAGCGUCUGACUCAUCUGCUGACCUGCGUAGAGAACAUGAGCUCUGACGACGAGGCCGGGGAAGAAGUGUCCCGCACGCUGGACGAAGCCUUUCACCUCUGUGGGGGCUACGUUCCCACAGACGCAUUCAGGCUGCACAUGGUGACCUGGAACGUGGCCACAGCCGAGCCCCCUGAAGACGUCGCCUCUCUGAUGCAGCUGGACGUCCAGCCCCCCACAGACAUCUAUGUGAUUGGCCUGCAGGAGGUGAACGCCACCCCUGUGAGGUUCAUCUCUGACCUGUUAGUGGAGGACUCCUGGAGCCACGUCUUCAUGGAGACACUGGCCCCCAGAGGCUUUGUGAAGGUCACAUCAGUGAGGAUGCAGGGUUUGCUGCUGCUGGUUUUUGCCAAACAAAUGCAUCUCCCCUUCAUCAGAAACAUCCAGACCACCUACACCCGCACUGGCAUCUUUGGCUACUGGGGUAACAAAGGAGGAGUGUCGGUGCGUUUCUCCUUCUACGGCCACAUGGUGUGUUUCCUUAACUGCCACCUGGCGGCUCACAUGAACUACGCUCUGCAGCGCGUUGAUGAGAUCGAGCACAUCCUGGAGAAGCAAGACUUUGACAUCACUGACACCCCACAUGUCCGGGAUCACAAGGUGGUGUUCUGGUUUGGGGACCUGAACUUCCGUAUUGCAGAUCAUGGCUUGCACUUCCUGCGCUCGUCCAUCAACAGCGAGCGUCUAAAUUUGCUGUGGAGCAAAGACCAGCUUACUAUGAUGAAGAAAAAUGAACCUUUCCUCCAGGAAUUUGAGGAAGGGCCAUUGAAUUUCAAACCCACCUACAAGUUUAACCGUAACUCUGAUACCUAUGAUACCAGUGGCAAGAAGAGGAAACCGGCCUGGACGGAUCGGAUCCUCUGGCGCAUCAAACCCAAAACCUUGCCUUCAGAGGAUGAUGAUGACAAGGCAUCGAUUUCCACUGUGGAUGAGACCGAGGAGUAUCCGCUCCUGGUCAUUCAGGACAAGUACACCUGCGACAUGAGCUACGGAGUCAGUGACCACAAGCCUGUCAUUGCAACCUUCAGUCUGGAGCUGAAGAAGUGCUAUGACACACCCCAGGUGCACGUUUCUCCUCUGGGUGUAUGGUGCGCCGACCAUGACGCACUUCUUACCUACACCAUCCAAGAGGACUUCAUGUCCUCCACAUGGGACUGGAUCGGCCUGUUUAAGGUGGGAUUCAAGAGUGCCUCCGACUAUGAAACCUUUGUUUGGGUUCGAGAGGAGGAGUUGCCAGAGAUAAAUGAAGUCAUACAGAUAUCUAUGGACAAGGAUGAGAUCCCUCUGCUGGGUGGACAGUUUGUUUUGGGUUACUACAGUACAAACAUGCAAAGCAUUAUCGGCUUCAGUGCUAACUUCCAGAUCCUGGAGUCAAAGCGUGCCGUCAUGGAAGGACUCGUUCCUGAAGACAUCAAUGGUCUCAAAUGAGAACAAAUUCACUGCACUGUAUUUCUCUACCUUUGGAAAUGUAUCCCAAUUGAUUCUGUCAUUCAAAUGGCCCAAAAUCUAAUCCAUUAGACACUGGAUCAGCUUAUUCAGUCUUUAGAUAAUGGCCACUACAAUGUGCUAUCCAAUUUUCUGGAAACUUCUAUUUGUGUUUUCCAACUUUGCCUUUAUGGAUUUCAUCUUAAGCUUGGACAGUUUCUCUGCAAGAAAGGUUUAUCGCUGUAACGAGUAGUCCUCCAGCUUUUCCACUGGCCUUUUUUCGCCCAAAAAAAUCAAAAAUAAAGAAAUAAGUUGCAUUUUGAUUUUAAAGAAUAUAAUGCUGAAGGUCAAUGCAGCCCCUGGUCAAAUUGUAUUUGAAAAUAAAUGUUUUGGUUUUGGAUUGUACUACAUAUGUGCCAGUGCAGAGGGUCGUACCAUAAUAAAUAUCUGCUUAUUAUGGGGAACUGUUGCAUAGAAAAAUGCAGAAGAAUGUGAUAAUUUAGUUUUUAAAUGUAUUGCUAUGUGUAAUUGGACACACGUGUCUUAAGAUAAAAGAUAAAGAUGGAGGAAUCAUGCCUAAAAUAUAAUAUAAACAUGAAUUCUAAAAACAUUUCAUGUCAUAAGUGGAUGUUGAGAUAGACGUCUACUGUGAGGUGUUUUAAGUCUUAUUUAGCUUUAAAAUAAAUAUGUUCAAUGUUUAUUAGAUCAUUAUUAGAGUAUAACAUGUAUCAUGACAGACUCUAAGGCAGUGAACAGAAUCAUGACAGGAUUAUAUCUCUAAUUAAUUAUUUAUCUAUCUCACUACUUAUACUAAUUGUAAUUGUAGUUUCUCACAUUAUUGCAGUACAGCAUGCCUUUUUUACCCCAAUGCAUAACUGAUGACUACUGUCAAAAUGUAUGUGUGUGGUGUGCGCCUUAUUGUCAAAUAAACGCAAUGAUGAAGUAUGCGAUGUAGUGAAAUAAUUUGUUUUAUUGAAUAGUUUAACCAAUAAGAAGAACAUGCUGUUGGUUAGGGAGGUUCUUGAUCUGUGAUCAUA